AUGAAGCGUGGAAAAAACGUCUUAAAUCGAUUUGCAAUUCUAGUUCUUUUCGCUUGCUUCAUGUACCCAAGUCUACUUUAUAAGUCAAUAACAUCGUUUACAACGGAAGAAAUCGAUUCAGGUCACCUUGGUUCCGCUCGAGAGAUUCGAUCCGUCGAAUUUGAUGCAACCGAAACAACUCGAAGAAUGCAAUUCGAAACAACCUCGGCAUCAUCACAAAAUUGCGUCAAACCCUCCAUAGACGACUUUCCAAACGAUUUUAUGACCCAGUAUCAGCGACAGAAGCAAGGAGGCGUUGUAAUUCAUUUUCUACUGGCCAUUUAUAUGUUUGGAGCACUGGCCUUAGUAUGCGACGAUUACUUCGUUCCCUCGCUGGAACAGAUCACCAACAAGCUUCACAUGGGCUCUGAUGUAGCUGGUGCGACUUUUAUGGCGGCUGGAAGCUCUGCCCCUGAGUUGUUUACCGCGAUAAUCGGUGUUUUUGUCACUAAGAGUGACAUCGGUCUUGGGACGAUAGUUGGGUCUGCAGUUUUUAAUAUCUUAUUUAUUGUGGCCAUGUGUGGCUUGUUUGCCGGCACCGUCCUGCGUUUGACACCUUGGCCUCUGUUGCGUGAUUCAUUUUGUUAUCUUUUGAGCAUCGUUGCACUGAUUGCGAUCUCUUACGAUCAAUAUGUCUACUGGUAUGAAGCAAUGGUGCUAGUGAUUAUGUACCUGUUGUACGUUGUUAUUAUGUACUUUGACAAAACUCUUGAAAACUCUUUUACGAAAUUGACGGGAAUGGGCAGAGUGGACACUGAUGUUGAGAGAAACAAGCAACAAGCAGAUGAACAAAAAUCAUUACUGAAAGAAGGUGACGAAUAUGGGGAAGAUUCCUCGUCCCUUGGAGAACAAGAAGAGGUGAAGAUCAUUGACGAGAAUGAUGAUUCGCCAUUUUCAGUGCCUCCCGGCUUGUUUGCCCGCGUUCUUUGGAUCCUUGCGUUACCAGCCAUAUGUUUGUUUUACGUGACGAUACCUGACUGUCGCAAAGAGCGGUGGGAACAGUGGUAUCUAGUCUCAUUCUUUUUAUCAGUGAUAUGGAUUGCACUACUCUCCUAUAUUUUAGUUUGGAUGGUGUCCAUCAUUGGCUUCACCCUGGGUAUCCCAGAUGUCAUCAUGGGCCUGACAUUCCUGGCAGCAGGUAGCAGUGUGCCAGAUGGUAUAUCCAGCCUAAUUGUUGCUCGUCAAGGAGAUGGAGACAUGGCUGUCUCAAACACAAUAGGCAGCAAUGUAUUUGACAUUUUACUGUGCCUUGGGCUGCCUUGGUUGCUGAAGACUACAGCAGUGGACCCUGGAGGUUAUGUUGUUGUGUUAAGUGGCAGCAUUAUUUACACAUCAAUUUCCCUCUUUGGAACUGUGUUUGUCACAAUAGUUUUAGUAGUGACAAACAAAUGGUAUUUGAAUAAGUGCGUGGGAAUAGCUUUUCUGUUGCUAUAUAUAUUAUUCAUCACAGUUGCAACCCUUUUUGAGCUUAAUCUCUUUGGGAACUACAACCUGCCAACGUGUUAGACAUAGAAAUUACAAUUGUCUAGUGUUUAUAUCAUAAAAUUAUACACUUCUUUUUCCAAAAUGAUUAUACCAUCUGAAUAGAUUUUAAAACUCUUUUAAAAAGGUUAAACAUGAAAUCUCAUUAUUAUAACAUUUUGUUGUUAAAUUAUAAAAAGAUGAGUGGAGAGACUUCAAAAAGAAAAAGAGAUUCCAAAUAUUUGAAAUGAUUUUCAAAUUGGAAAGUCCUUCAAAACAUUUUUAUGUUAACAACUGGAUUCUACGUGAUCCUUUUUAAAAUAAUUCAUACCCUUCACAUUGAGGCAAUCAAGAAAUUAACCUUUCCCUGUAUGUGACAGUAUAGUAUGGCCUCAUUGUUUUUACUUUUAAAACCAAACCAUCAAGAUUUUAGAAUAAUUUCCAUGGAAUGGAAUAAUACAGGAUCCAGUUUAUAUAUAUUUCUAGGAAGUCCAUACACAGGUUCUGGUAGCAUGAUCAUCAUUUAAGGGUGGUCUGUUAACUAAGUUAUUAACCCUUUAACUCCCCUUAUGUGAUUAUUAAUUUUCCAUCCUAAGUGUAACACAUUCUUUUUGUAUAAGUUAUAAGAAUUUGGUGUUCGACUAAGAUAACAACUUUUGCCUAAUAAGUUUGAAUUUUCUCAUUCCUUGUUUGUUGGGUAAUGUAUAAAUGUUAUUGGGAGAAGUUACAUGUUAAUUACUUCUGGGAGUUUGAGGGUUAGGGAAAAAACAGUGCUUCUACCAUAAAGUGUCUGUGAGAGUCAUUGUAUGAGGAUUGUUACAUAAGGUUUAACUUUGUAACAUGUUACAAAUCUGUUUGAUUUGGAUUUCUGUGUGGUAGUUUCCACAAUAUGUACAUGUAUAAUUGAUUGCCCCGUAAAAAGCCUUGAGGACAUCAGGGGAGAUUAUAAAAUUGUUGAUUUUACUUUAUUUUUUAAGAAAAGAGAUUGAUUUCUGACUAAUUUUUUUUUCUAAAUUUGCAAUUUAGUGAAUUUUAAACAUGUAAUGUUUCAUUCAGUAAUGUAUUCAUCAUUGUAAGAAUAUUGUCCAACAAAAAUUUGAUAUUAAGAAAUUUUGUGAAAAAUGUACUUAUAGUGAUGAGGAUAUUGACAGCACAUAUAUAUAUAUAUAAAUAUAUCUAUGUUAACAAUAGCCUCUAUUUGGUGUAAAAAUAUGUAUGCAUAUUUGUCCGCAAACAUUAAUUGUUCCUAGAUACGAACAGUUUUCCAAGAGGGAAGCUUGAGGAAAAACCGUGAGCUUGUAGUUGAGGUAAGGUUUGAAAACUGUGAACCCAUAGUGGACAUAAGGUUUGAAAAUUGGGGAGUAUCACUUGGCUGAUAUUCUCAGAUAUCACUCAGUUUAGCUGGGGGAUAUUCGGUCACUUGAUAUUUUAAAUACAUACUUAUUAAAACAUUUUAACAUAUUCCAAAAUUUUAGUUUGUGUGAGAUUGUGUUUUUCUUUCUUUUUUUUUUUUUUUUUUUUUGCAUUUGAUACAGAUUGUUUGAGAAAACAGUAGGCAGCUAUGGUGGUUUUUUUUCUGGUAUUGCCUUAUCUGUGUAACCAUUGCCCUUCCACCCUACGUUGACCCCAGAGUUGCCCUGCUAAAGAAGUAGAUUUGAUCUUUAAUACAAAUUCCAAAUUAAUUACAUUGAACAAGUCACUUCAGUCAAUUUGAGGACAGCUUCAAACAGAAGACAAGAUUCCUUAAUAUAAGCCGCCUUAAUUAUUUACCUAGUUAAAAUAUCAGUGUCAGACUGAUUAAAAACUCAUGAUAGAAAUAAGAUAAUUACAAUAUUAAAUUAGCACUGAACUUAUCAUAAAAAUAAGUAAACAAUUUCUUGCAAAAGACUAUCAAGGUGAAGUGUAUCGUUUAGUGUAUCAUCUCUUGUUCAUCGAUUUUGUUAUUUUCUGUUUAUAUCAUGUUUUAGAUAUUUCAUAGUUCCCACUGUUAUGCUUUUACUUAUUAAUUACGCGAUUAUUUAUUUUAUAUAUUGUUAAUUUUGAGGGCCUCACUGAAAACCGCUAUGGCGAGCUGGGCUCCCUCUUUAAAUAUUUUUUAAUAAAAUAAAUAAAAAAUAAGUCUCCCUUGCAGCCGUUUUCUGAAUGUCACGCAACGUUCCCUCAAAACAACGGUUCUUUUGGGAAACGUUGCGUGACAUCCAAAAAUGGCUGCGAGGGAGACUAGACAUGGUGUUGACUGACAAGGUUUUUUAAAAUAUAUAUGUGGUGCUCACAUUAAGUCUAUUGAUAGAGAAAAUUAUAUCAUGAAUUAGAGCUUACAAGCCAGAUUAGUAAAUUCCAUUUUCCCACUUAGGGUUGGAAAAUUGAGCCUUAGAUUGUUAUUUUCAAUAGGCAAGCUAGGUUGGUCAACUGCAAUUAUUGUCGAUAGGCAAUUAAAAUUUUGUCUGAAAAUGCCUGACGUGGCGCCACACUGGGUAGCGAGAUUAACUUAUUUUUUCCUUAAGAGGGACAGGGAUGGUGCAACACCCUCAUCCAAUUCUCCUUUGAGUGCUUCUUAACCCUCCCCCCCCCCCCCCCGAGACGACUAAGUUCGUCCGCUUAUAGUGAAAGAAACCCCCAGGGAUUUCUAAACUCUGCGCUUAAACAGUCUGACGUACUUAUGAUCAUUAUCACGCUCUUAGUAUCAUGAAUGUAGCAAGAUGCCACGUUCCUGCUUUUCUCGUGUGCAUAACGUGAGCUAGCUAUUUGUUUGCGACUUACGGGUGACCUUAGGACGCAUUACAUGCUUUGUCGCGUCAUAAAAAAAAACCCAGCAGAAAAUAUGUAACUUUUGACGAAAAAUCUCUCAUCAUGUCCUCCAUCAUGGAGCGUCGAGACAUAGGAAGCUUAGGGGCGAGAAAGAAAUAUACGCAAAUGGGGUAGUGCCCACUUAAACUAAAAUAGAGAACAGCGGCUUGGCUAAAUAUUGCUAAUCCAUAACCCUAUAUUGUGACAUUUACGCUAUGAAAGCCACAUGAUAACAGCCAGGGAGAGGUCGAACAAAGUUAGAUGCUCUAAAAUCAGCUUUUCCUUCCCAGCGAAAUUCAUCACAGUCAGAGGAAAUUAGCACACACCGAAGGAUUGGAAAUUCCCAUAAAAACUGAACUACAUGUUAUUUUCUAUGGCAUACAACUAAUUGAUCUGAUCUUUCUCAUCGUCGCUCAUUUGGUCUUCUUGCUCUCUUUUCAAAAGCAGCUCCUUUCAUCACUAUCAUCAGGAAUAUGAGAAAAGGGCAACUUCACCAAAUCAACGAUUUUUAAACAAUCGCAAAGAUAUUUUCUGAAGUCAUGUUUUGCCAAACAAUCUCACGGGAAAUGUCUCUUUUUUACGAGACCUUUCACGUUAAUGAAAUUAAUUGACUUUUGACAAGAGCUGUUAUCACUUCCUUUGGAACAGCGGAAUUAAGUCACGCGAUAUCAAACAUGUUGUUUGUUACUAUUGCUCACGUGAUUAGGAUCAUUUCAGGAAACAUUUUUUAGUUGUCAACGAGUUUGCCUUGCAGCUUAAAUCCUUUCAAUCCCGAGUUCUAAAUAGAAAUUCUUCACACUGUUUGCGUUACAUUUUUUAUGACCUCAGCUCCAAGAAUUUGGUGUUGAAUCAAGCAAUAUUCUCAACUUGUUUCUCUUUUCUCUCCAUUCGAAAAUUUAUCGAUUUAUUACAAGGUGAAAAUCCUUUUCGGUCCACUCACCCCUGGAAGUGAAAGUAUUUAACUUUGAUGUUGCAGUGUUCAUGCUCUAUUUAAGUCGACUGUCCGUCUGCCGGGUAAUUUCUAUCAGCGGUGGUCGAUUGCUCUAUGAGGGAGAGUUGCGAAAUCCUUGACCCACCACUGAUGUACACGUAUUAACUUUUGUAUUGUUUUUACUUGCGAAUUACCUGUGUACUUUGAGCUCUCAGUCAGAAACGACUUCGCAAACCGUGGCAACCAUCAGGAUAUCAAAACUCUAAAAUCAAGAAAACAGAUUGGGAAGUUUUGAAAUAUUUUAAAAUCAUGGUCGGUUUUUCACAUGCCGGGUCGAUUAUUUUGUACCAGGAGCCCAUCACUUAAGUAAUGGGCUCCUGUUUGUACCUAAAAAUUAACCCGCUCGGAUCGACAGAGAGUGAGACAAGGUAUAUGCAGGAAGGCGGAUUGCUUAUUCCUGAAAGAAUUUCAGAUCUUAUCCCCUUUUACUGAGGAAAUGAGCCAUAUUCUAGAAUUAACGAGCUGGAAUCAUAAACCUUGGUUAAAAGAGAAUUUUCUAAACAAAUUAAGGUUUACUGGGAAUUUUGUGACAAAUUACCCACGCAAUCAUCACAAGCGCCCCAGGAUCCGGUGGGUUGGAUAAUGUUUAGUUUGGGAGGUUUAGCUAGGCGAAUUACGUUUUCAAAAAUAUUUCAGUGUCAAUCAGCUAUGUUUUAAAACUUUUGACGUUGCUGCUCUGACGGUCUUGUUGAAGGCCCGCUUGAAAACACCGACAAGACGUUCAAAUUGGCCUCUCCACCGUGGUGCUCUGGGAAGGUUAAAGUGCCACCGGAUCUCAAGAAGCUCGAGGAAUCUCUUCAUUCUCUUCUCUCGUUGAACCCCUUUUAGCCACUUGGCUGCUUUGACGAACGUUCGUCUAUUGUCCGAGUACAGCGUCUUCGGUCGGCCCCGUCUUGCAAUAAAACGUUUCAGGGACGGGAGGAACUUCGCUGUGUCCGGGCUUAUGCCUCUCACGGAGAACCUUGAAGGGAUGUGUCGAUGACAUUAGAUAAACUACCGGGAAUUAGAGGCGAUCUUGCUAGCACUGACGAUGGAUGGGGAAGCUGGGAUUUUGCGAAGACGCAAUUCUGUUGAUGUUAACUCAUCUAAGCACAGGCGUCCCAAGCUCUCGUCUCCAGAAAAAGCAAACGAUUAAUUCAUGAAAGCGUCACGCGUUGUAUAACUCGGUGUUAAGUUGCGAAAGGAACCGUUGAGAAUUGAACACGUUACAAGGAAUAGUAAGGGCAACGAAAUAUGGUCGAUUUACAACGAUGAAUAUUUAGAAGUACGAACAUUUUACACGUAAAAUCCUUAAAACUUACUGGUCCGGAGAUAAAGUGGCUAUCGAGUAAUUGACUGGAUAGGAAUCGUAUAGUUUUUUUGAUUUCAUUCGAUCUGUAAGAGACAAUACAUAAUUCUUAGGAAAUCUAUCAGCGAGUGAUUCACGAAAUUACAUGCGGAAAAUACGAAAUUACGAUACUGAACAUCAAACUGGUUAGAAAACAAAUUACUUACUUCUUGAUACUUCUGUACCGUUAUCCUGUCAGAAAUUACUACAGAACAGGUCAGCGAAACGGGAAGGAAACGAGUCAGCAGAAAAACUACUGGUUAGCUAGCGAGUGGGGGGACAGGGGGUCAGAGUCUCCCGCUUCCUGUACCACGUUCUCCCGCCUCCCAUACGUUUGUGCCCCUUUGCCUCCCGACUCAGAAACCCGGGUUUAACUUUCAACUGUGCCAAAAUUUAACAUUCUUGUUCAUUUCUGGCCUUUGUUUUGGCGGGGGGAUCAUUGGGUCCCGAUGAAAGUUAUUACCGGUCAGUUUUGUUAAUUAAACUAGGUUUCACUAAUCUGGUUAUCACAGUUUGACCAUCGCUUAUGACAUCUCGUUAUAGAGACGAAAGUCUCAUUCCACUGUGUAAUGUAAUGGUAUUGUAAUUUAAUAUAGGUUCUUCUGUAUCUGUGCUUGCUUUCCCUUUUUGACGUAAGCAACUAGUCGUAGCUUGUCGUGAGCGAAUAAAAAAGCUGACUCCAAAGGAUGAUAUAAAUCACUGCACAUCAAUUGUUUAAUCAUUUACAUUUUGAGCGUUCGGUUUAAGUGCUAGUGAAGCAUGAUUGAACAUUCUUGUUCGGCUGAUUAUCAGAUUUGUUCGAUAGGUUGUAAUCUUCUUUAAACCUCUGCGGAAAGUUUUAAGGUCAGAAGAAGUCUUGCAUGCGCCGGGAAAACCACACUGAAGUCCUCCGACUGGAGGUCACAGCCUCUUCUUCCGCCGAGUCGAAUUGAAGGGAUUUCCAGACUCACUGGAACUAAUGCUGUUUUUCCAACCCGAGUACAAAAUUUACGUUUUCUUGCUUCCAGCAUUUUCUUUAAAGCAUUGGAGGAUGUUAAAUAGAAAUUUCAAAACUUUGCUAGAUGAGUGUUUUUGACUGGAUGAUACCCAGUAAUAAACAACAAAUUAUCGCCUUCUUUCUUUCUGCUCCCACUUCCCGCCCUCAUAUAGAUCACGCUUCUCGCCCCCUCUUCUCCCUCUUCCCGCCCUCUCCCGCCCCCUCCCGCCUCCUCUUCUCCCAGGCUCACACCCCCGUCCCCCUCCGUCAGCUAGGAACAGUACUUUCUCUUUCACAACUGAAAAACGUGUUAUUUGGUCUCAUGCUAAACUUUCUAAAACGAUUGCGCCAUCGACUGUCAGUCAAGGCUAAAAUCAAAUGUCAAUCAGCUAAUUUGUAAAAUCAAAAAUCAAUCAAAAAACACUUAUCCACAUCUUGUGUGUCCGUUGUCUUAUAACAGGAAUAACAGUGAUGGCAAAAGAAACUUACUACGGCAGAGGACGCCGGAAACCACAACGGACACGCAAGAUGUGAAUAAACACGUGCGCAUCGUUCUUGUCUCGUGAGUCCGAACAAAAGUCACAUGAAAAAUUUUAACAUCACGAAAGUAUGAGCAUAUCGAUGAAAUCAAGGGCAGAACCGAAAACACAGCGGCGUAAGCAAGGUAUUUCGCCUAGUGUAAUUGAUUUUUUAUUACAGGAAAUAACGUUGGGUAUCGUUGAGACCUUGAAUGGGACGCUUGGAACUUAAUUAACCUUCUAACUUGAAGAAAACCCGCGUUCGACUAAUUACAAACAGUUUGCGCUGCUUCCCAAUUUGUUAUGUCCUAAAACAUUUUUGCCGUCUUUUUGUGGCCAUAUGUUAGCAUUAUGUUACCUUGCACAAGGCAGAAUCUUGAUGAUUACCUUCGUUUUUCAGCUAUCACGGCCACAUAUAAUUCUUGUUAUCUUUAUCAAAUAGAGAAGCCUUGACUAUGCUCUGUUCUGUUAUAAAGCACUCAAGAAGUGGCUAGAGCACGAAAGAAGUGUAGGGAGAACCAAGAGAAGUAGUCGAGUGUUUCUCCCCACUUCUUGAGUCACCGACAAAGUAAUGAAUUCUAACCGACAACCGACAUGAAUAUCCCCCCAUUUAGACCUUCUUGAAGCCCUUAUGCUCUUCACGUGCAUCGCUUCUAUUACCAAAAUAUCUUACUCGUCACACUUUUCAACAGGAUUUUUGUUUGUUUUUUUCCUAGAUGUGGAAGUUGCCCAUGCAUUUCGCUGAUAAAUGAAUCAGAGGGGAAAGGUUUUAAUCUGCUUUUGUCCGUUCAUGAUCUGGUUUGCAACUUCCGUGAACUCCGCGUCAUCUCUCCAUGAUCCAUCCUCCCUCUCAGUGGCAAGAGAAUCAAAAUUUUAUCGCUCCUCCUAAGAAACUGAAUUGGGUAAGACUAAAACCUCGAACAACCAAGGAAAACAAGCUAAAAUGAACUUGACUUCAAAUAACAACAAACCCUCCGUAGAUGACUUCCCGCACGAUUUCAUGACGCAGUACCAGCGACAGAAUGGUGGACUUUUUGUUCAUGUUUUUUUAGCCGCUUAUAUCUUUACUGCGUUGGCCCUGGUGUGCGAUGGCUAUUUUAUUCCUUCUCUAGAACAAUUCAGCAGGAAGCUUCACCUAAGCUCUGAUGUCGCCGGUGCAACUCUCUUGGCUACUGGAGGCUCUAUCCCAUCAUUGUUCACUUCAGUAAUCGGUGUUUUCAUCACGAAGAACGAAAUUGCCUUAGGAGCAAUAGCCGGAUCUGGAAUAUUUAAUAGCCUAUUCGUGAUGGCAAUUUGUGGUUUGUUCGCCGGCACCGUUCUGCGUUUGAAGCCAUGGCCUCUGUUGCGUGACUGCGUUUGUUACGUCUUGAGCAUAUCAGUCUUGAUUGUUGUCUCUCACGACAAAAAAGUUUACCGGUAUGAAGCAUUAGUGCUGGUGACUAUGUACCUGAUGUAUGUAAUUGUCAUGUACUUCAACACAACUCUAGAAAAAUACUAUGAAAAAUUGACAGGAUACAAAACGCAAAUUAACAAUGAUUUUGGGGAAAGAAUUGAUGAAAAAACAUCGCUUUUGAUGACCAAUAGUCAAAAUAGUACUAAACUAUCGAGCAGAAGAGAAGGAAACGAAACCGAAGAAAGUAAUCAAAGUGUCGAUCAUAUUCAUCAUUCGCCAUUUUCUGUGCCUCGGGGAAUCAUAUCCAAGACUUGGUGGGUUAUUAAGUUACCAAUCACGUGUUUGUUCUACAUGACGAUUCCCGACUGCCGAAAGAUACGAUGGGGGAAAUGGUAUUUGUUCUCUUUCUUUAUAUCCAUGACAUGGAUUGGAUUGCUCACCUAUGUUUUAGUUUGGAUGGUGUCAAUCAUUGGCUUCACCCUUGGUAUUCCAAAUGUCAUCAUGAGCAUGACAGUCCUGGCAGCAGGUAGCAGUGGUCCAGAUAUUACAUCGAGCCUAAUUGUCGCCCGACAAGGAAAUGGCGAUAUGGCUGUUUCCAACUGCAUAGGCAGCAAUAUAUUUGACAUUUUGCUGUGUCUUGGACUGCCUUGGUUAGCGAAGAGCUUACUUGAAGGUUCCACAGGCUAUGUUGAGGUCCCAAACAGCGGUAUGAUCUACGUAUUGUUCAUUCUCAUUGCAGCCGUGCUGGUGGUACCACUUUUGACUAAAGUAAACAAAUGGAAUCUAAACAAGUGCCUUGGAGUAACUUUUCUUUUCUUUUACCUAAUUUUCAUUGCGGUUUCAAUUAUCCUUGCCAACAAGUGUGGUGAUGAGAGCCUAUGAUAGCCUAUGAACCCAUAGUACAUGUAUAAAUCAAGGCCUAGUCAUGCACGUGGCAUGAACAUCUCUUCGACAUGUCUGAAUCGCCAACCAAAAGUCUAAAAAUCCCGAACGAAAUAUCAUAAUGAUUGCCUUCAAAUACAAUGGUAAAGAAAUCUUACAUAUUUUAGUUUUAUAAGCUGAAGGUAAGAAAAACAGUGAUUCAAAUGGAAUACACGAAAAAGAGGAAAAUGUUCGAAAAUUAGCGUGUUUUUGACUGACCCCGGAUUGCGUGAUAUGUCACGAAAGUCUGUAGAGGUGGAUGUUUAGCGUAAGUUUGAUAUGUUAAGUUAGCUUUCGUGCAGUUUGAUUUCCUCUUUGUGACCGAUUUACUGUUUACUGAGAAAUCACAUUAAGAAUAAAGUUUCCGAUACCAUUGUUGACCGUUGGUUGUUCGUGUGUCAGUGAUAUAAUGUAGUAUUCUAGCUCAGAAAAGAAAGCACUAUUCAUCCUAUUAUAUGGCAAUGCUGCUAAGAACCUGACGUGUCCAUAUACAUACAUACAUAGACUUAAUUUAAACACGAAAUUUGAGUGUAGUUACAAAAGCUAAUGUCUUCGUGUUAAAUGUAAUAAAAUACAAUGAAAAUACAAAUUCUAAUAAGAUUAUAAAAUUUAAAUGCCUAUCAAAUAAUGCAUUAAUAAAAUAUAGGAUAAAAUAAACGAUGAUGUAAUUUACAAUAGAUAUAAAGAUAAAUGAUUGUGAUAUUAAAUGUCAAAGUUAACAAAACUAAGAAUUUUCCUCUUAAAUUCAUAAAUAAAUCCUCACAAACUCUCAGACCAUUAGGUAAGGAAUUCCAUAGUUUAGCAGCUAGGUCAAUCGUCUACUUUCGCAUAAAUCAGAGAACCCAGCUGGUAUUGUGGUGAAAGGCGCUAAAUUUAUUAACCCUUUAACUCCCAUGAGUGACCAAAACAGAAUUUCUCCUUACAACAUUAAUACAAUAUCAACCAGAUAAGUGAUGAGAAUAAAGAAAAAUAUCAAUUUGGGGAUAAUAAGUUGAUCCAAUACUAACUUCUCUGAACUAAUAUCAUAAGAAUUGUAUGGUUGACAGUAAGGAGAAUUACAAAUUUGAUCUGGGAGUUAAAGGGUUAAGGGCUUUGCCCGAAAUAAAAGCAUCACUAAAAACACACCAAAAUAAACUGCAUGUAUGAAAAUGCUGCCUUUCGAAUCGCAUGGCGCUAAUUUUUCAGUACGUAGGUAGUGUGAAGGAAAUACUAUUGAAGAAAUGGAACCUUAAACGUCUUCCAUGCAUCAUAUCGAAAAGGGAAAUCCCCGUGAUAGUAAGCGCUAUGCCAUACGCGGCCUUACGAACAAGGGGGGUGGGAGGGGGGAGGUAAAAGAAUUGGGGGAACACAUUAUUAUUAUUAUUCGGGGGGAACCGAAGUCUGCGUGUAGGUGUCUUAUUAGUGCGAGGUAAAGUUAUGAGCUUGCGAUUGUUUAUCGGACCGGCCAUGUUUGAAUUGGAGUUAGAGCGGACGGUAGGGGAAAGGGGCGGGAAAAGGACGAGAAUCUUCACUCCCCCACCCCCAUCCCUCUCUUUAUUUUUGACCGUCGACCGCCCCCUUAGUAGAAAUUUCUUUCUCUCCCUAACCAUCCGCUGCCAUCAAAGCCAAAGAUGGCGGCCACAAUUUUCGUUAAGAAAAUACUUGCUCGCCAAAAUUACGCCUGCUCUCAGGCUAGGGUUGGGGGGGUGGACCGAUACGAUAACUUAAUUUAUUCGCGGUAUUUCCAUCAGUCAAUUGAGAUAUCAGACUAUCUAUCUAUCUACCUACCUACUACUAAAAAUUUACUUUCACUUAAAAUAUUACUUAAAACUUUGGCGACUUAAUUUAGUAUCGGUUAAUGAAGAUGCUUGCCUUAGGUCUAUAGGUAAGUCAUUGCAAAACUGAGCUCCGCCAUACGAAAAACUUCUCUUGGGAUAAUCAAUUCGAGGUCGUGGAAGAACUAGUUUGUUAUCGGUAUUUCUCAAACGAUAAGCACUUAAAUUAUCACGAUAAACGAAUCUUGGUCUUAAGUAAUAAGUAAUCUGACCUUUGAUAAACAAUUCACCACCACCGUGGUGCCCAGAACAAAUCAUCCAAAUUACUACACAGACGUCCCAAGCUCGAGAAAAAGCAAAUGAUUAAUUCAUAAAAACGUCACGCAGACAGCCCUGUGGGUUUGAGGCCGCGUGACGUCAGUUAUUUGAUACGUCAUUUGAACUCUUACAUUGGCAAGACGCAAGUGAUCCCGAGAAAUGUUUCAUAAAUUUCGCAAAUCGUAACAUUUCAUCCCCAAAAUCCGCUUAGUGACAGUCAGAUAAAUAAAGUUCACUUAGCUUCGUUUUUGUGUGUUGUCUCGAGUGAUUUUUCGGGGUUUUGAGAACUCGAGACAAAUGUUUUCAAAGGUUUUUCGUCAGGGUUUCUCUUGUUUGAGGGCAAAAUUCUCUCACGCCUAAACUACUCAAAAUAUAACGACGACGCCCCUUGGUAAGAAUGAAGGAGAAAAAUUAUUUGAUGGUGAUAAUACUUGUCACUAGGGAUGAGGUUCAUUCAAAGGCUUGGUUAGCUUUGCUGAAUGAAGCGACCUUUACAACAAUAAAAGCUAACACUAAGCAAACCAUCAACAAAUCGAGAAAUCGGAUGCGAACCACGAGGGACACCCGUGACAGCUGGCCGUUUUAACUGAACUAACACUCAUCAAGAGAAAACAAUGGGAAAUUACUUGUUCCUGACAAUUAUCUAUAAACUAAGAAAAUGUAAAGCAAACGUAUUCCCACUCGUAAGUCGGCCUGAUAAAAUUUAGGCUACACGAAAAUGUUUAUGCAUGUUCAGAAGACGGAGUGAAUUAUAUUUUGUAAUCCAAUGUACUGAACCUGUGAGGUUAAAAAUUACUAUGGCAAUUUAUGUAAGUAUGGCAUUAUUGACAGUGUAAAAGUAGUAUUUCGGAAUUAGAAGUAAUUUAUUAGUGUUUUAGCAUUGUGUUUUUAAUAUUGUAAAAUUUUUUUUAAUGAUAUUAGUAAUAAUGCUAAGUUGUUACAACGGCCCGGAGGAAUCAUGAGCACGUGAAUUCCUUGUGUGUGAGGGCGAGUGUGUCUGUGUACUCGUGUCGUAUGGCAAUAUUUUGAAUGAGGGCCUCUUAAUAUGAGCCCGGUUGACCGAGCUGGCCCGGUUUCCGAUAUCUCGCCUUACCUCUAAAUCCUUUGUAAAAUUUUCGAUGUGUUCAUAUGAGAGAGCGGUCUGGCUCGGUUACCGAGAUCUCGGCUUUUCCAACCGGGAUGAACCCAAGGCGAAAUUCGUCCCAGUAAGCGGGCCAGCCCGGUCAACUGGGCUCAUAUGAAGAGGUCCUGAAUGGCUAAAUAACUUCUCGAUGGCAACUAAUAAGUGAAUCUCAGUUGCUUCCUUCCCAUUAUUUCCAGUGAUGAAAAACUACGGGACUUAAAGCAUGGUUUUUCAAAUAGGAAGUAGAGCCACAGGCAGCUCAAGCUCCAACUGUGAGAUGACGGAAAAAUUCUCAAUAAAUACCUCACCAUACUCUUUCACAGUGCAUUGCUUGUUUUGCGACCGCUUACUUUGUUGCAACGAGUCAUUUUAGUGAGUAAUCCAUUUCUAGGUUUACGACUCCUAGAGCGGUUGUAAAUAUUCCCAUACAAACUCUUUUUCAAUUGAACCCCGGUAACUCCAACUGCCGAGGGAAAUUACUUCGAGUUAUCGGGGUUUCGAGCAACAGGAAUUUUGGACAAAAAGACCAGAAACACUUGAUUAAAGAGGUUUUAUGCUUAUUCGCGUUUUAUUGUAAGAUUUCAGGCAAUAUAAGAGCAUAAAAACGAUAAAUGAUACCGACAAAGUUCAAUUUGUCAUGAUAUAUGUAUGUGAUUAAUUUUAAUCUUCCGGUGCAAAAUGUCAUGGCUCAUUAGACCGCAAAAGUGAAAAUCGACUUUGAGUUAUCGAGGGUAAAUUUACAAAGAAAAAUACCUGAAGGGAAGUAAAGGUCGCUUCGAGUUAUCGGGGUUUCGAGCGAUAGGGGUUAAAAUUACAGUAAAUAUUUAAGGCAAAUCCAAGGGAAACCAGUUUUGCUUAGAGUUCGUAGGGAAUUCGAGUUACUGAGGGUUCGAGUUAUCGGAGUUCAACUGUCAUGAUCAUCUUACAGCUGGGGCCUGGGCUGCUUGUGAUGGAGCAUGCUCGACCUUCACGUCAGGACUCAUUUGUUUUGAACAUCACGUUAAUCAGCUGAGUAUCCCAUGGCUAUAGGUCCGUGGAGUUAUAUUCUCGGUGUGAUAAACAAUAAAGUUAUUUUAAGACGGAGCUGGUCACAUCGCAAUGUCGGUCCAACUAGCGUUGCUGAACAUGAUGAAUUUAACUCGAUCAUCGCCAUGCGUAAGGCCGUCUAUAGAUGACUUCCCAAGCGAUUUCAUGACUCAACACCAGCGACAAAGUCAGGGGGGAGUUGCUUUCCAUUUUCUCAUGGUCAUUUACAUGACGAUCGCAUUAUCGCUGGUCUGUAACGUAUACUUUGUUCCUUCUCUACAAAAAAUCACAAACAAGCUUCAUAUGAGUUCUGACGUAGCCGGUGCAACUCUCAUGUCUAUAGGGACCUCUUCCCCCGAACUGUUCACCGCACUGAUCGCAGUUUUAAUUACAGAUGGCGAAAUUGGCCCCGGAGCCAUACUAGGAAGUCUGCAGUUCAAUGUUUUAUUUAUAGUAGGAAUUUGUGGUUUGUUUGCUGGCUCUGUAUUGCCUUUGAGAUCGUGGCCUCUGUUGCGAGACAGCUUUGCUUUCCUUUUGAGUGUAAUGGCAUUGAUUGUUGUUAUUUGGGACAAAAAGAUUUACUGGUAUGAAGCAUUGGCGCUGGUGAUUAUGUACUUUCUGUAUGUGCUUAUUAUUUACUUCAACUCAACCUUUCGACGUUGCUUUAACGAGUUCACAGGAAGCGAAGAAUGGGCUGAGACCGACAUUGAAAAUGGUAGUGAUGAGAAAAGCCUCCUUUUGGAAAACGACUACGUAAACAGCACACAAAUGGCCAACCUCUCGAGAUCCGAAAAAGGAGAGAAAGAAGAGGAACAAGUUGAAAUCACUGACCAGUUUGACGAUUCACCAUUCUCAGUGCCACAAGGAUUCUUUUAUAAAACUCUGUGGUUGGUUUCAUUACCAAUCACAUGCUUACUUUACGUGACAAUUCCUGACUGCCGCAAGGAGCGAUGGGAAAAUUGGUAUUUGUUUUCGUUCAUUAUGUCAGUGCUGUGGGUUGCUAUUUUCACCUACGUAUUGGUUUGGAUGGUGGUAAUCAUUGGCUUCACUCUUGAAAUUCCAGAUGUCAUGAUGAGUUUCACGUUACUGGCAGCGAUGACCAGCGUCCCCGAAGCUAUUUCGAGCUUAAUUGUAGCAAGGCAAGGGGAAGGGGAUAUGGCAGUGUCCCAUGUAGUCGGCAGUAACACAUUCGACAUAUUGUUGUGCCUUGGAGUGCCUUGGUUACUGAAGACAACGAUCGUAGCUAAUGUAGAUUACGUUUUUUUAGAGGAUGUUACUUUGAUUUACACAUCCUUUUUGCUCAUAGGUUCUGCGUUAAUUGUCGUAGUUUUUCUCAAGGUAAACGGUUGGCAUUUAAAUAAGUGUCUUGGUAUUUCGUUUUCUGUUUUUUAUUUGGGUUUCACCGGUGUUUCAAUUACUUUUGCUUAUUUAUUUGGCGACAACAAGCCGGUGUGUUAG